CCUUUACCAAGGCAACGCGUUACUGUAACCGAAGCGCUGGGAGCUCAUUAAACCGUGAUAUUAACAAUAACAACUUUCGUCGUCACUUCUACAGCCUUCUGCGUUGCCCUUGAAUUAAAAUGAAAGUUCACUUUAAGGGGGUCAGCGAGUACCAGAGCAGAUUCAAGGGUCAGCGUGUGAAGCGCCGAAGCGUCUCUCAGCAGCUCGAGAUGCGGCAGGCCGGCCUGCGCUCAGACCGUUCCGGGAUCACCAGGGAGCCCCAGUUCCUCUCCAAGAAGACGGUUCCCUUCUACGGACCCCAAGUACCCAAAUCUCUGCAGUGGGAGGAGCCUGUGGACCCACGGGGGGAGCCUCGGACUCGGGAGGUCUGCAGACCCAAGUCCAGCUUUGCAGACCCCCCUGUGGAGAAACCAUGCAGCUCUCAGGGGCCCGAGACCCCUCUCGCUCCCAGGGGCCCUAAGCCCCCUGAAGACCAGUGUGCUGAGCCCUCUCCUCCAGAACCUGAGGGAAGAAGACAGGCAAACGGGCCCCCAGUCACAGUGGAUAAGGCAGAGCUGGCGCUGAAUGGAAUCCAACGUGCACUGAUGCGAAAGGCGGCCCUUAGGGCUCCUGAGCGGAGACCUGGGCACCGGGCGUCGGAGUACCAGCGGCAGUUCACCGGGAAGAUGGCCACAUGCAGCUCCCCCCUGCUGGCUGCCGAGCAGAUGGUCUACAGCAGCGACAGAAUGAUCCCGCCAUUUAAGACCAACCCCCUGGUCAUGGAGAGCGAGUACAGGAAGAACUUCAAAGGGGCCCAGCCCCCCCGAGGUCCACGGCUACGCCGGGAACUGGAUGGGAGAGAGGGGGUGCCGCUGCAGCAGGAGAACGUUUGCCCUGACAGGGGCGCUAAGGGCAAGAGGAAGGUCAAACGGGGACAGUGCUACAGGAAACCCCAUCAGCAGAACGGGUCUGCUAAACCUGCGGGGGAGAGGAGGCCACAGGAAGUGAGGUCAUCAAAACGCCAUCAGCACUCCACCCCUCACUCUGGAUACCGGAAGGUGAAAUCUGAGUAUAUCUCAAAUUUCCGCUCCCCUCAGCUCUACAGGUAUAAGGAUGGAGUUUGGAUCAAAGCCUCUGCAACUGGAGAGGAGGGCUGUGACACUGACCAUGAUCUCAUGUGGUACGACGAGGUGCGGGAGCUGCGGGAGAGGGCAGAGGCCUAUAGAAGGAGGGCCAGGGGCACCCACUUCUCCCGAGACCACCUGAACCAGAUCCUGUCUGAGCAGAACGGGCUGUGGGAGGCCUCCACUGUCACCUCAUCUGUGGCUGUGGAGCAGAAUGGCAGUGUCACUGGCCUUGACUUGCCGAGUAUGGCAGACAGCGAGAACGGCAGCAUCUGCCCUGCGGCUGCACCGACACCCCCAGCCAGCAGGAGGAGCUCCAAGAUGGACGCCACAGAAACCACGCUGCCCGAGGAUCCUGGCCUUCCGAUACGGAGGAGGCUAGCCGGGGGGGAGGCAGAGAAAGGGGGUGAGCCGGAAAGAGAAGAGGAGGUGAAGAUCAACGAAGGAAAUGGCACUAACAAGCACCUGAGAUUGCCAGAGAGGCGAUACCUGUCCCCGUCGCCGAGCUCAGAGGGGUCCGUCCCAGAAGGCAGGCUGCCCACGCCCAAACUGGCGGAUGCUGCUGUGGCACAGAGAACGCACCAUGACCUCACCACCCCCGCCACGGGUGGUGCAAUUCUCGUCUCCCCCCCGACAUUGAAGGGCUCCCUUCAAGGUGUCCGGAGGUGUGACCCCCCUUUGGGGAAAACCUACAGUCUCUUCAAACCUCUGUCCCACACCUCCGCACCGCAGGAGCCUGGGAAGGCUGACGAUGACUGGGCCCAGACCCAAGCCCAGGUCGCCGGGCUGAGCACGGAGGAUCCCAUCCCCUUGAGAGAGGACAUCUUGCCGGUGGAUGCCCCGCCACCCGACAGGCCUGUGCGUGCUCCGCACCACGCCAGGUCGCCUCGGAAACACAGCGCUACCGCCUGUCCUGCUGUUUCCGUACCAGCCAAUCGGAUUCAGGGAAAGUUGAGGGACCCAGAGUUCCAGCAUAACGGUAAUUUAGGCACAAUAAGACCGGAACCAUUUCUUUUCCCGUCCAGUGACUCGACCACUUCUGAUGACGACCGGAUGUCCCAAAUCUCCUCCAGGUCCGCGGAGUCCUGCACGCUCGCUUCACAGGUCCUUGCCAGAGCCCAGAAGAGAAGAGAGGAGUUCUGGGGGAAGACCUAGUUUUGCAGGAGGCCUGCGCGGCGUGGUUUACGCAUCGCAGUGAAAACUCGACCACUGUCGGCAUUUUGGAUCAACGUUUGCUCAUAAAUGGGAUUUUAACUGUCGAUUUUUUUUUCUUUUGUGGGAGUGACUGAAAUGAAAAGUUUGAAUAUUUAAGACUUGUAAAUGCAUUUUUUAAAACUGUAAAUGCAUUUUUAUUUACUUUUUAGUAAAAUACUUCACACGGGUCAGAUGUAACAUGCCCUAGUGUGUAUUGAAGUGCGUAUUUAAAAAAAAAAAAAAAAUUGAUUAGCAAACAGCACACGAAUACAACAAAUGUAUUUUUGUAUAGAGCAUUAUCGCAAUGCCUAAUCGUGCUAGACAUUACCGAUGUAAUUACUUGACAGAAUAAAUAACGAGUGUUUGUGUGUUUCCAGUAUUAGUUAGUGUAUCUAAAACUUAUGCAUAGGAAUGUCUGAUUUGAUAGGAGAAAAUAAAUAAAUCGGAUGUGCAUUAA